AUGGAUAACCGCGGUUCCCUCUUCUUCUUCCUGAUCAUCCUCUAUCUCCUUCUGAGUUCGCAGGGUCAUCCACCGCUAGUUGAACAGAGUCGCGAGCAUGAAAUAGAGGUCGAGAGGGAGCAAGAUGCGCUUCGCCAUCUAAACGAAUCCCGUUACGGGGACUUCAACCCCCGCGCGGACCGAUGGCUACCCUUUGCCGGUGUUCGGAAGAACGACAGCUAUGCAUGGGAUCUCCUAACGGAUGCGCAAGAUCGGGCCCGUCGUCAGCUGCAAUUUUCCAUCUCAGAUGCUGGUUUAAAUUACCCUUCUACACCUUCGAAUCUCAGCCAAAUCCGUCUGCCGGUUUAUCGCAAUGCGACGGGAAAGCUACGGGGAGACUGGGUGCGGAAUAAGCAAGACUCAAAUGCCCAGCGUCUCAACGUGACGGCUAUCGCUUCGGAGCAUGAGUAUUUUACCCACGAGUUCAGUCAGAACAUUACAGGAUCAGGCGGUGCACUUUAUUUGGACCUGCGGGACGGUGGUGGGGAAGAAUUCCGGCUCGGAGAUAGGCGCGCUCGGGAAAUUAGGGCGAGCUUGGCCGUGGAAAGCAAUGAUUACUGGGGUCAUACGUGGUAUUUGUCGUUGUUGGGAAUUCAUUAUCCCGAAACAGGGGGUAUCCUCCUCACGACCACCAGCGAGAAGUUCGGCGGAUUGUUCGCGUUGCCGCACUUUACCCUUUCGCCAGAUUCAUAUGAACUUGCACACCAGCUUCUUCUCAAGUCGUUGUCCGAUACAAUAUCUCAGAAAGAUAUUAAUCAACCGACGUUGUUCCCCUGGUCCUCGGUGGUUGGAUCCGAACAGGUCGAGUUUCCUGCACCAAGAUGCGAGCAUAUCAUUUAUCUGCAGCAACACCCGAUCACCUUCCAAAACUAUUUGGCAGAGGGGACAGUCAUUGAGCAGAUAGAGAAGGAGCUAAGAUACCCCAUCGGGGCACCGGUUCCGUCUCCUCCUCUCAUGGUCAUGUCCGCUGUGGUGUUUUCACCUGACUGUGGGUAUAUUCUUGAGACGAAAGGAGCGCCAGAUUAUCCUCCCUCAGAUGCUCUGUACCUAUCCGGCCCCAAACUAGAAGAAUAUUCCAAAUAUUCCUCCCGCCUAUUGUUCCUAAUCUCUGGUGUGUUGGUUGGGCAGAUCGCACUCUUAUUACGACAGAUCAAGGAAGCAUCUACUCCAUCGACAAGGAGUCGCAUUAGUUUUUACACUAUUGCCAUGAUGUCAUUUGGGGAUGCCUUCGUGCUAGUCUUUCUUCUCUUGGAGCUAUAUUCAGCUGUGUCGUUUCUGCUGAUAACGACGGUAUCGUUCCUAACCUUCCUUUCGGUCAGUUACAUUGGAAUGAAGUUCAUGAUGGAAAUAUGGGCGGUCCAAGCGCCUGAACGGCAAGAACAAAACCGUCGUUCCAACCAGCAGUCUUCAAACACCGCGACAGACAGCUUGCCACCGCCUGCGACUGCAAGGCGGGUGGGCGACACGGGUGCGACCCCUGUCAUUUUGACACCAGACCAAGAUCCACCUGAAGACGAAGACACACAACCGCCGAAUCGCAACGUGACACCAUCUUCUGGAAAUGCUCGGGCAGAUGUGGGGGCCAUGUACGCUCGAUUUUACCUUGUCCUCUUCCUACUGCUUAUCACUUCGAUAUGGUCUUUUCUUUGGCCGGUCCGGCUGGGAUCCAUGUAUGCUCGAACCCUGGCAUUCAUUUACCUGUCGUUCUGGUGUCCACAGAUCUAUCGCAAUGCCAUGCGCAAUUGUCGCAAGGCCUUGCGAUGGGACUUUGUGGUCGGUGAAAGUGUUCUCCGGCUCUCCCCCUUCCUCUAUUUCUUAACCGUACGAGGAAACGUACUAUUCAUCCGCCCUGAUUCAAUCACUGCGCUAGCAAUGGCCGGCUGGGUCUGGAUUCAAGUCUGGUUGUUAGCCAUUCAGGAUAUCCUUGGCCCUCGCUUCUUCGUACCCCGAGGUUGGGCGCCACCAGCAUACGACUACCACCCCAUCUUGCGCGACGACACCGGGUCUGAGCAGGAUCUCGAGUCAGGUGGCACAUUGCCAAUUGGAUCUCUGCGCGCAGAUGAAAGAGAACCCCAGGCGGAAGACAAACCUAGACCGAAAGAUCGGAAGAAGGCGGUGUUCGAUUGCGCUAUCUGCAUGCAAGAGAUGGAAGUUCCUGUGCUUGCUGCUCCGGGUGCGUCUGGGGGUAGCAGUAGUGUGACAGAUGGGGCUACGAGCAUCCUGACGAGGCGCACGUACAUGGUUACUCCAUGUCGGCAUAUCUUCCAUAGUACUUGUCUUGAGAGCUGGAUGCGGUUGAGGUUGCAGUGUCCGAUCUGUCGUGAAUCAAUUCCACCUGUAUAG